AUGCGCUACCUAGAAGUUAUUCAUGCAAUUAACUGUUACGAAGCCUUUCAAGUUACGCCUUUAUUUACUGUUCAAGACUUGUUCGCACAUACAAGGUUAUUCUCGUCAUUGAAAAUGGCUCUGGCCGCUCAGAAAGCUCUGUUGGAUGAGCUAAUGGGUAAAAACAGAAAUGCUUGUAAUGGUGAGAGCUCUGGUGGUCCACAUUGGUCUGACGAUGAUGUAUGCAAGUUUUAUUUGUGUGGGUUUUGUCCUCAUGAUUUAUUUGUCAAUACAAAGACGGAUUUGGGUCAGUGUCCUAAAUCUCAUGAUGAGCGCAUGAGAGAAUCGUAUAAAAAGAGUUCUCGUUUUGGAAAGAUGGGGUACGAGCAAGAUUUUGUUCACUAUCUUACUCAGCUUUUGGAGGAUGUUGAAAAAAGAAUUCGGCGAGGACAUGAGCGAUUGGCAGUCAAUAAAUGUGUUAACAAUCCAGAUCCGAUCGGAGCCAGUGAAAAGAAAGAAAAAAUUGCUGCGCUCACCAAAAGAAUUAAUGACUUGGUGAAACAAGCUGAGGAAUUGGGAACUGAAGGAAAGGUUGAUCAAGCACAGGGAGUUCUUAAAUUGUGUGAACAGCUAAAGUUUGAGCGAUCACAGCUCGAGGGUGAUGCGCGCCCCGGAAUGACUCAGACUAAAGAGUUGGAAGUCUGUGAGAUUUGUGGAGCCUUCAGAAUCAAAGACGAUGCACCUCAACGAGUUGAAGAGCAUUUGUCUGGUAAAAUGCACCUUGGCUACGCGAAAAUUCGUGACUAUUUAAGACAAUACAGUGAGAAGCAUUCGAAUUCCUCUUCUCGUUAUGGACGACGGGAUAAACGAUCUCCAGCUGAUCGCUCUCCUAUUUCUCGGGAUCGUGAUCGUCGUCGCAGCCGUGGUAGGAGUGUAGAGCGAAAUUCUCAUCUACACUCCAAUGCUUCCCGACAUGGUCGCCACGAAAGUGGUGGCAGUCGGUUUAGAUCCAGACAUGAUUUUCGGGAUGAAAGGCGAAGAUUUGGUAGAUCUAGAUCCAGUUCACGUUCGCGAAAACUUUACGAUCGUCACCGUCACGACCACUCAUCCUCUUCAAAGUCCACGAAGCGCAAUACUUCACCAUUCAGUGCCGCCCGACGUCCGCCCGAGGGUGCUGAAGAUUACUAA